CGAACGGUCACAUUGGUACACACACACUGGCACUUUCCCGAAAAUUGGUUGACAUUUUUCGCAAAUAAGCUAAAAAUUUAGCUGAAAGUAUAGUUAACGUUGGCCGGAUCGAAGAACAACGAAGCAGACACUAUGGAGGUCGAUGAGGAAGAGUUCGAGGUCCCAUCCAGCAGCAGCAAGGGCGAGAAGAAGCGCUUCGAAGUGAAGAAGUGGAAUGCCGUGGCUCUAUGGGCUUGGGACAUCGUGGUGGACAAUUGCGCCAUUUGCCGCAACCAUAUCAUGGACUUGUGCAUUGAAUGCCAGGCGAACCAGGCAUCGGCCACCAGCGAGGAGUGCACGGUGGCCUGGGGCGUCUGCAACCAUGCCUUCCACUUCCACUGCAUCUCCCGUUGGCUGAAGACGCGUCAGGUCUGUCCGCUGGACAAUCGUGAAUGGGACUUCCAGAAGUACGGUCACUAAUCCCGCUCAGACACCAGGAGCCUUCUCAUCCGGAAAUAAUAAUAUAGUAUACCCACUUAGUUCAUAAGCGAGCAUAGGUCAGAGUUCUUUGACCUUUUUUCCUCCUCCCUACCCCCCCUCUCCAUUUUCCCCGAAAAAGAAACAGAUUUUUGUACGCUUACUUAAUAAAUGAGAAGAAGAUGCUGAAGACAGAGAAAAA